ACGGUCUCAGCAGCGGCCCGCUGGGACCAGGUGUCCCGGGCGUGCCAAGAUGCAGCCGGCGCUCUGGCUCCUCCUGGCCGCGCAGCUCGCAGCUCUCCAUGGCAGCUCAGUGCUCCAUCAGGCCCCUGGGUCCAUACUGGUUCAGACCAACCAGAGGGUGAUAAUGUCCUGUGAAGCCAAAACCUCCCCCACUAGCACACGCAUCUACUGGCUGAGACAGCGCCAAGCUCCGAGCCCGGACAGUCACCACGAGUUCCUGGCCUUCUGGGAUUCCGUAAAAGGGAUUGUGUAUGGCCAAAAGGUGGAGCAAGAGAAGCUAACUGUGUUUCCGGAUGCAAAGCGGUCCAUUCUCAAUCUCACAAGAGUGAAGCCAGCAGACAGUGGCGUCUACUUCUGCAUGACCAUCGGGACCCCUGAGCUGACCUUCGGGAAGGGAACUCAGCUGAGUGUGGUUGAUGUCCUUCCCACCACUGCCCAGCCCACCAAGAAGCCCACCCCCAAGAAGAAAGUGUGCCGGCCCCCAAACCCUGUGACCCAGAAGGGCCCCUCCUGUGGCCCCCUCACCCUCGGCCUCCUGGUGGCCGGAGUCCUGCUUCUGCUGGUGUCCUUGGGAGUGGCCAUCCACCUACACUGCCUGCAGAGGAGAGCCCGGCUUCGCCUCCUGAAACAGUGUUAUAAAUGAGCAAAAAAUAUGCUUUUGGGGUCCUGCUACAAAAAUACGUUUGGUCAGUAACGAGCGAGAUCUGGAA